GCUGGCGGCAGAGGGUUUGACGUCUGCCCUUCUUCCCCUCGCAUUCCCCCCUUUCCCUCGUGUACCCUGAAUCUCCCGAUUGCUACCCUCCGGAGCUCCCGCAAUUAUGCCCACCUCACCGAAUAAGCCUACCAGCAAGACCGCGGCGAACAAGCCCGCAAGCAAGGCCGGCGCCGUGGCGCACCCGACGUGGGUGGCGAUGAUAACGGAGUGCAUCACUAGUCAUCCUGAGGAGGCGAGGACUGGCGUGAGUCGUCCAACGAUCAAGAAGUUCGUCGAAUCCAAGUACCAUAUCGAGGUCAAUGCGACCACUGCGAGUCAGCUGAACCGUGCUAUCACCUCUGGAGCUGAGAAGGGGACGUUUGUGCUCCCGAAGGGCCCAUCCGGCAAGGUCAAACUCGCACCCAAGAACCAUGUUGCGGAAGCCUCUAAGGAGAACGCUACCCCUGUGGUCAAGAAGCCCGCAUCUACCUCCAAGAAGCCUGCCGGGGUCAAGAAACCCAACGCGCCCUCCGCGACGAAGAAGACGAGCCCGCCAGCCAAGAAAGCCUCCACUGCGAAGGCGAACGCCGCCGCGAAGAAGUCCACGACCGCGAAGAAAGCUGCUGCCGCCAAGAAACCCACCCCCCUCGCCACCAAGCCCAAGGCCACGAACACCACAACGACCAAGUCCGGUCGUGUCGCGGGCACUGUGACCAGUCCGCCGCUCGUCAAGGGCAAGGUGACGAAGACAUACGGGAGCGGAGGGCGCAACAAGGCGGCGCUGGCGAAGAAACCCGCCGCUGAGAAAUCCACGGCUGAGAAGAAAGAGUCUGCCCCUAAGAAAGCCGCCACAACGGCCAAGAAACCGGCUACGACGACGAAGAAAGCAGCGGUGACGAAGAAGCCGUCGGAGAACGGGAAGAAGACGAGUGUGGCGAAGAAAGAGGCAGGUGCGGCCAAGAAGGCGCCGGCUGCGAAGAAGGCGCCCGCUGAGAAGAAAGCUGCUGCGAAGCCCAAGGCGAAGGAGAACACGAAGUCGGCGGCGAAGCCUGCUGCCGCGAAGGAGACGAGGAUGAGCAAGCGUGCGGUCAAGGCUACGUGAUCUGUGCGGUUGGACUGCUCGCUAAGCGCACGCCCGCUGUUCGCCCCGCUCGCGCGUUUCGCCGAGUCGCAAUCGUUCCUGUUGUUCUUGGUUGUCUUUCGCUCUAGUCAACGGCAGCUGUACGACUAUGUAUCUGUAUCUGACCUUUCUUCUUGCUUCGACUGCACUAUUUCGCUUGCUCGAUUCUCUCCUACAUCUGUUGCUGAAUUUCCUCGUAUUUCAUCUGGCUACUCUUGUACACUAUGUAUCUGUAUGGUAGUGAAACGAAUAUGAACCCGUAAACACCC